AUGAUUUACAAAGUUUUUUGUGGAAUGAAACGGAAAUUCAGUCAAGGGGUAAGAAUCGUCACCUGAAAUCAAAAUUCAAUGAAAUGAUCCUGUUUUCAGGGCCACCACUACGAUCCGAAUGUGAUCACGAAAAUAGUCUCGAUUAUGGUUAUGCAAGUAUCGCUUGGCCUUCCCUGGGUGCUUCAAUUCGGCACCCUAUACUCCCCUUACACAACCUUCUGGCACUAUCUCUUUACAAUUGUUCUCGGCUCGCAAGGAACCAUUCUUUGCUCAUUUUCAUCUACAAACGCUACAGAGCCUGGCAAACGGACAGUAUCACAAAGUCGCGAGAGCCGAGUGUUAUGAGAUCGCGAGAAGAAUCGACGAAGAAGAAGAGGAAAACAGCGACAAGGGAGGAGAGUCUCGGAUCGAGCACCGAUACCUUUUAUGA